GUGUAGAGCAGAUUACACGAGUUCAUCACGUGCCUGGUCGCUCCUGUACAGGCAUUGCUACGAGCUAGGGCAUACCGUCCCGCCGUGCCAUUGCCGUGUGCGGGGGGGAUGGCCAGCGACGAUGCGUGGACAGUCGUCUCCAAGCGUCGCGGUUCUCGCGGAAAUGGCGGCAGGGGCCCGUUUUCGAGGGAUGGCAACGAGGCCGGUGCGUGCAGCUCAGGAGAGCAGGCCGGGGGCCAUCCGCGCGUGUGCGCGGAGGUGGCGGAACCGGGGAUUGCCGCGGAUGAGCGAAAGGCGGAGCUGCCGGGGUGGAAUGUGCGCGGGAAGUGGGGUAACGAGGGGGAGCGCGAGUGCGCCCCGCGGAGGCGAGGCGGUAAAGGCAAGGGGCGGCGAGGCGGUGGUGCGGGCAAUGGCGGGGAGAGCGAGGAGUCGAUAGUGGCGGCGAGGAUGGAGGACGCGAGGCUCAUGGUGCAGCAGUCCGCGUUCUACAGCAAGCUAAGAGACCAGAUGGCGUCGCUGCAGGUAGCCCAUCGUCUACUGGCCGCCCACCUCCCCCCGUCCACUCCCUCCCCCAUCUCCGCCGCUGCUCCCCCUAUCACCACAUCCUCUCUCCCUCCCACCACUCCUCCGCCUCCCUUCCCUGCCACUGCAAGCGCACCAGCAGCAAUGGGGCACGAGGGGUGUACAGCAGAUGGAGAAGGAGGGGAAGGGGAGGGGCGUGUGGGAGUGCGGGGGGAGGGGGGCGGGCAGCAGGGCUUGGUGGUGGAGGUGGUGGUGUACGGCGUGGGCAGCAUAGCGCACUCGCCCGUUGCCAGGUGCCAGAUGGCCCUGGGGCUGCUGCUAGCACAUGCUCUCAAGGAGGACCUCUCCCGGCUACCCCUGCCGCCGUGCCAUGCCACGUCAUCCCAUCCGCUACCUCUGCUGGCCCCGCAUCCCCACCACCCCUCGCAUCCUCCAUCCCAAUCAACCCUCCCUGAUUCACAAGCCGCAGCCACCGCCCCACCCGCCAUGGCGCCUGCACAUGCGUCCGCCCAUGGCGCCUCCUCCCCUGCAUGGCUGCCCGGCGCCUGCGUGCGCGUGAGCGUGUUUGACCCCGUGCUCUCGCCCCCUGAGCUCGCCGCUCUCGCCCUCCUGGGCGCCCACGGCCUCCCAGCCAACGAGGAGGGUUAUCGCAGUGUGGCGGUGCCGACACUGUUCUACAUGCCGCACUGCGAGGCGUUCCUCUACAACAACGUUCUCGAGGCCAACAUGAGUGCGCUCUGCAGCCCCCCCACGUGUCCCCCAUCGCCUCCUCCUCCCCCCACUUCCUCUCCCCUCACUCCGCCGCUGCUCGCGCCAACUCCUGCCAUGCUGCUGCCAUCCGCCUCGCCACCAUGGGCAGCAGCAGCAGAAGCAGGUGGUGCGUGUGGUCGGGGUCCGGCAGCACGUGCGCCUGUUGUGAUUCUUGGCAACAGCUUUGCCUCGUAUGAGGAGAGGUGGAGCGUGCCUGGACAGCCAUCCACUUCACGGCCCAACACUCUCCUUCAUGCGGUGCAGCAAGGGGCGGUGGAGGAGGUGGCGGUGGAUGCCGCUGCGUUCCCCCUCAUCUCCGCCUUCAAUGACACCAGCUGGCACUUCUUUCGUUGUAGUCAUAGCAGCGACAAGAUGUGACAAAGCCGAAACAUUAACUAAAACAGAGGCAAUACCUUUUUGCCACAAGUUUCUUUGCCACAUUAACUAAAUGUUCCUUGCUCGAUAUGUCCGACUGAGCCCUGUGACCUUGGGAAAGCUGCUUUUCAAUAGGGGGUUUCUUUUACGGUAUAUCGUCAUGUGUAGCCCAGUUGUCUCCUGUUAGCUCGAAAAAGGGGGCACUUCUUGCUGCGGCCAAUAUAACGACGUGACGUGAAUAUCUCAUGCAGGGUUCUCUAAGAAAAUACUUGUCUGAUGGAUCAGACAAGGUUUGUGCA